AUGGGCCCGGUGCCGAACGAGCGUGGACCAACCCGGCGUAUUACCACCCGAGGACCUCCUAAACGUACCGUUACACUUUUUGAUAGUAAGACGCCAACGCCGCAAUAUGCAUCAUUAGAUGAGAUGGAGGACGCAUUAAAGGAGAUUCGUCGAGAGCUUACCAAAAGUGGUGAGGAGGAAGACAUCAUCAGUACGGACCCAGAAGACCUUCUGGCUCAUGGAUAUUCCGAAUGGUCGACAACGAAUCCGGAUGGCUUACCGGUUGCUGUGGUGUACCCGCGUUCAACAGACCAGGUAUCGAUCAUCGCCCGAGUUUGUUAUAAAUAUCGGGUACCCAUUAUCCCCUAUUCGGGAGGUUCGAGCUUGGAAGGAAACUUUUCGGCCCCUUUCGGUGGCAUCAGCGUUGAUUUCGCGUAUAUGGACCAAAUCAUCCAGUUUAACAAAGACGAUAUGGAUAUUGUCGUCCAACCAAGCAUUGGUUGGCAAGAUCUCAACGAUCAGCUAAGCAGAAUGGGUAGCGGUCUUUUCUUCCCUAUUGAUCCUGGUCCAAGCGCCAAAAUUGGUGGCAUGAUCGGUACCAAUUGUUCUGGCACAAAUGCAGUUAAAUACGGUACGAUGAAAGAUUGGGUUAUCAACCUAACUGUAGUCUUGGCAGACGGGACUGUCAUCAAGACGCGGAGACGUCCUAGAAAGAGUUCGGCAGGCUACAACCUCAACGGUUUGUUUGUUGGUUCCGAGGGGACCUUGGGCCUCGUGACUGAAGCAACUCUAAAACUUGCCGUCGUUCCUGAGGAGUUCUCCGUGGCAGUAGUAACAUUCCCCACAAUCCGUGAUGCCGCCUCCGCAGCAGCCGAGGUAAUGCAGACAGGCGUCCCCAUCGCAGCUAUGGAAAUCAUGGACGAAGUCCAAAUGAAGGUCGUCAACUUAGGUGGAGCUACCGCGCCCCGGGUAUGGAAGGAAGAGCCGACGCUCUUCUUCAAGUUCGCAGGGACAAAGACCAGCGUGAAGGAAAACAUCACCCGCGUCCAAGCCAUCGCAAAGAAUAAUAAGGGCAGCAAUUUUGAAUUCGCCAAGGAUCUCCGAGAGCAGAAGCUUCUGUGGUCGGCGAGGAAGGAGUCUCUAUGGUCGAUGCUGGCUCUGAGAAAGGAGGGCGAGGAAAAAGAGAUGGACGACUUGGGUCUAUUCGCCAGUAUUCUAGGCCAUAUCGGGGACGGCAAUUUCCACGAAAGCAUUAUCUACAACCGGACGAAGAAGGAGGAGCUCGAUAAAGUAGAAAAGUGCGUGAAGAACAUGGUCAAGCGAGCACUAGACAUGGAGGGGACAUGUACGGGAGAGCAUUCUAUCGGCUGGGGCAAAAAGGACUCGCUGCUAUUAGAGGUUGGCCCAGAUACGCUCGGAGUCAUGAAGCAGAUCAAGUCGGCGCUUGAUCCCCUACGCUGGAACAACUUUGCACAUCCCACAUAUGGGUCCGAGGUUCGCCGAUCAUCCAACAUUAUCGGCAUUAAGCCUCAGUGGUCAUCGUGGGCUGAGAUCAGCCUCCGUAUACGCGGUCUCCCUCCCGCUACCACCACAUUUGAUUUGUGGACUCAUUUCAAGAAGGAUGGGGAGGUUGUUUUUAUCGAGCUCUUUGAAAAGAAUGACGGGACUCGAGAAGGAGGUGGCCGUAUCCGCUUCUCGCCGCCUCCUAUCCGUCAAUUCUGGGACAAUGUUAUGGUACUCAGCAUUCAAGGUCAAUCAGUCAAAGUGAAAGUCGAACUCGAGAAGGAGAGGCAGGAACGACGAAUACCUGGCUCCAACAACCGUAGCUACCCGCCAUUCUUGAGUAUUGCAAUGGUUGCGCUUCAAUUCGGGGUGCUUGCGCAUGAGGAUGAGGUGAUGCCAAUGCGCACAAUCCAAAACAACAUGCGAGGUCAAUUUUCCCUGGGAUCUGAUCUAAAUUCAAAAAGACUAGAAAUCACAUUUGCAUGCAGCAUCACAGAUCCACGUCGCGAAGACCCCACACAAGUUCCAUUUAUUAAUGUAAAGAGGAUCGUCUUUAUAGACGUCGAUGAGAAUACAUGGGCCCUACUUAUCCACCUACCUAGCCCGCCCCUUUUCUAUAGAAAAUGUGAUUACACCAACUCACAUACAAGCAGCAAGAAUAUUUGGAAAGAGCAGGAUGCUUGGAACCGAAUUGUCGACAUUGCUUAUGAUACAUCAUGGUUCAUAGAUGAACCCGUCUUAUUAUCCAGAACCAAUCGGUUUAUUAACAUUGGAACAUGGACUACUUACCGGCUUUUGUUCGCAAAGUCUUCUCUCGUUGCAUGGGAGGAAAUGAAAGCGGCUCUGCAGGAAUUCAAUAUCUUUAUAGAUCACAAAAACUCAAAUGAUAUUAAGAUAGUUCCACCCUUGAUAUCAAGCUUCUGGGAUGCACUUGAACCUCAACAGCCUGGCGCAGACACGUCUAAAGCUAAUUUUGCCCUUCUCGCCGACAUGGAAGACAUCUAUCUUCCCUACGACGUCCGAUAUCAGCUUGAAGCAUGCAUCUCUCAGGGUAUUUUCAACGAGGUUAACAUUACUACAGAGUUCCUCCGAAGGCUGGCAAACCUCUCGCGAGGUCGUACCCGACGUCGGGAUAGAGCAAAAGACCUCUUGACGAUAUACGAUCCGAUGUCACUUUUUGAAGACACAAAAGCGACGAGCCAUUACCCGGAGAUCUCACUCCCACGACACUGCAUAUGGGUACGAAAAGUAGUGAUCACUCCUACAACAAUAUAUCUUAGUAGCCCGGCACCAGAGCCGUCGAACCGCGUCCUACGUCAGUACAUCAAUUACGAAGACCGGUUUAUACGUGUUCAAUUCACAGAUGAGCUCAUCAAAGGUCGCAUCUACUCGGAUCCCGAUACUACGCGGGACAAUGCUCUAUUUAAUCGAGUAUAUAGAGUAUUGCAGAAUGGCAUACAGAUCGGCGGUCGUCAUUUCCAGUAUCUUGCCACUGGGAACUCUCAGUUUCGAGAACACGGCGCCUACUUCUUCUGCCCGGCAGACUUCUUAACCUGCGAUAACAUCCGGGCCUGGAUGGGUGACGUUAAUCACAUCCGAGUCGUCGCCAAGUAUGCCUCCCGGCUUGGACAAUGCUUCUCGACAACGAGGAUACCCAAAGCAUCACCAAUCGGCCAAGCAAUUAUACACAUUAACGAUAUUGAACAUGAUGGUCGGUGCUUCACCGAUGGAGUUGGGAAAAUAGCAUUUAGCCGUGCGAAGUUCCUCAUGCAGAAUCUUGACAUGAGCAGGACCUCAAAAACUCUCCCGUCUGUCUUCCAGUUCAGGCUAGGGGGUAGUAAGGGAAUUCUAGUACAGUGGCCCGAUGUACCUUUCAACGAGGUUCACCUACGACCAUCGCAGAAGAAGUUCAACGCAGUUUCGAAGGGGCUCGAGAUUAUUAAGACGUCUAGUUUUUCUGUCGCAACCUUAAAUCGGCAGACUAUUACUAUUCUAAGCUGCCUUGGCGUACCAGACGAGGCUUUUGAGGAGAUGAUGAAGAAGCAGAUCGCUGACUACGAGCGUGCCAUGACCGACGCCGAAUUUGCUAUGCAAAUACUCAGCAGAUACGUUGAUCAAAAUGGCAUCACCACGAUAAUGGCACAAAUGAUUGCGGAUGGGUUCAUGGAAACUAAAGAGCCCUUUUUUAUGACCCUACUACACAUUUGGCGUGCCUGGUCGAUGAGACUGCUUCGUGAGAAGGCUCGUAUUAUGGUCGAUAAAGGCGCAUUUGUUUUUGGUUGCGCAGAUGAGACUCGCACGUUACGAGGUCAUUCCAAUGCAACCGACUCUAGCCAGAGUAAAGACACGAAUACCUUGCCGCAGAUUUUCCUGCAAGUACCAAAGACGGGUGUUAGGCCAGGAGAGCCCGGUGAAUACACCGUUAUAACUGGAAUAUGCGUGCUCGGGCGGAACCCAUCGCUCCAUCCUGGAGAUAUUCGAGUAGUGGAGGCCGUAGACGUUCCGGCGUUAAGACACCUCCGCGACGUUGUUGUAUUCCCCACGGUUGGAGACCGCGAUAUCCCCUCCAUGUGUUCCGGGGGAGAUCUUGACGGGGACGACUACUUUGUGAUCUGGGAUCCUCGGCUUAUACCUACGGAGUGGAAUCACCCCCCUAUAGAGCACGAUAGCCUCAAGCCAAAAGAACUCAAUCGGGACGUAAAAGUAACGGAUCUCAUUUCAUUUUUCGUGAGCUAUAUGAAGAAUGACUCGCUCAGCACCAUUGCCCAUGCCCAUCUAGCCAAGUGCGACGCAUUAACCGAUGGUCCCAAGCACCCGCAGUGCAUCGAAUUAGCACACCUACAUUCCAAUGCCGUCGACUACCCGAAAACCGGGCAGAAAGCUUACCUGAGAGCGUCGUUGCGGCCAAAAAAGUACCCGCACUUUAUGGAGAAGGUGCCAAGUAGAACGUAUCGUUCGAUGAAGAUUCUUGGUCGACUAUACGACCAAGUGGCGCAGAUUGAAUUUAAACCCGAAUUAGACAGCACAUUCGACCAGAGAAUCCUCCGUAGGUAUUCGCUGAAAGACGAAUUAUUAAAGACGGUAAGGAUGAUAAAAAGGCAACAUGAUAAGGCUAUGCGACAGAUCAUGAAUCAGUAUGAUAUUGAAACUGAAUUCGAAGCCUGGUCAACAUUUAUGAUGUCAAAACCGCGACUUGGAGGUGAAUACAAGCGGCAGGAGAAUAUGGAACCGGUGAUGACGAACCAUAGAGAACGGUUCAGGGACGUUUGCAUCAAGCUGGCGGGAUCCAGAGAUCCUGACGUCUUAUAUCCCGUGGUGGCAGCUACCUACCGCAUCACAUGGGAAGAAGUGCAGAUCACACUGGGGCGGGGGCGGGCAUCAGAAGCCGUGGGAGAGGAAAAAUCGAGGACAGAUGCGAUGCCGUUGAUUAGUUUCCCGUGGGUGUUUGAGUACGAGCUAGGUCGAAUCGCCAUGGCGAAGGACGAAUUCGAAUUAGAGGAAGUACCUCAGCCGACGACAGCACUAUUAGAUGAUGAUUACACAGGCGACGAUGACGAAUUUAAGCGAAUCAUUGGCAUCAGUAUCAAUGACUCGGAGGAAAUCGACGGCUUUAGAGACCUAUAUAUCGAAGUGGUCGAGGAGCAAUCUACUACGUACGAGGAGCUAGUGGAGCUGGAAGAGGACGAAGACACGGGUAUGGAUGCUCUAGCCAGGCUGGCCGACUAG